AGACCUGCUGAAUAGCAGUGUACUCGUGGCGUUUUCGAGCUAACAUCCGGCUAAAACAAUAUUAGAGUCUUACUGAAAAUACCAAAAUGAAUACACCAGAUACGUCUAACAAUACUUUCCUUUUCACAUCGGAGUCUGUAGGCGAGGGACAUCCAGAUAAAAUGUGUGACCAGAUAUCAGAUGCCAUUUUGGAUGCACAUUUCAAGGAAGAUCCCGAUGCUAAAGUCGCUUGUGGACGACUGCUGAGUGCAGUGAUGCAUUUAUGUUUUACACUGUUUAGCAUAUUUGGCGAAGAAAGUGUUGCUAAGACAGGGAUGAUUGCAAUAUUAGGUGAAAUCACAUCGAAAGCUUAUAUCGAUUACCAGAAGAUAGUCCGCAACACUAUCAAGCAAAUAGGAUACGAUGAUUCUAGGAAAGGAUUUGACUACAAAACAUGCACAGUCCUUCAAGCCAUUGAGCAACAAAGUCCUGACAUUGCCCAGGGAGUUCACGUGGGACGAAGGGACGAAGAUGUAGGAGCAGGAGACCAGGGAUUAAUGUUUGGUUAUGCCACAGACGAAACUGAUGAACUCAUGCCUUUAACUUGUGUAUUAGCACAUGGACUUAACAAGAAACUUGCUGAGUGUAGGCGUGAUGGUUCACUUCCCUGGGUGCGCCCUGACUCUAAAACUCAAGUCACUGUUGAGUACAAGUUUGAGAAUAGGAGGGCUGUUCCUAUUCGGGUCCAUACCAUUGUCAUAUCAGUGCAACAUGACCCUAACAUUGAACUAGACGCAAUGAGAAGCCAGUUAAUGCAACAUAUAGUCAAGACUGUCGUUCCUGCCAAAUACCUGGAUGAAGACACCAUUUACCAUCUGCAGCCUUCAGGAUCAUUUGUGAUUGGUGGACCUCAGGGUGACGCUGGUCUGACAGGGAGAAAGAUCAUUGUAGAUACGUAUGGUGGUUGGGGAGCUCAUGGUGGCGGAGCCUUCUCAGGAAAAGACCCAAGCAAGGUUGAUCGUUCAGCAGCAUAUGCUGCACGUUGGAUAGCCAAGUCUUUAGUAGCGGCUAAACUUUGCCAUCGUGUCCUUGUACAGCUCUCCUAUGCUAUUGGCAUAGCUGAACCAUUGUCAAUCUCCGUAUUUACCUAUGGCACUGGUUAUCGACCAGAAGAGGAAUUAUUAGAGAUUAUUAAACAUAACUUUGAUCUGAGACCUGGUGUGAUCAUUAGGGAUCUUGAUCUUAAGAAGCCCAUCUACCAGAGCACCUGUCUUUAUGGCCACUUUAAGCCAGGAUUCCCAUGGGAGGUCCCUAAACCACUCAAAUACAUCAAAAAACCAGAAUGGCAUGACCCUAAUGUCAAAAAACAUGACUUGUUCGAAACAUAGAGCCAUAUUAUAUACUAGGCCUUCGUAGUAAAUUUUGUCACUUCACCCGCCCCCCUCCCCGUAGAAGUCUGUUCAUUAUCUGUCACAACCCUUAAAUAGUACUCUCGCUUUUUGAAUGUCCACUAAUAAUUUCAUUAGAUUUUGAUAAUUAUUAACUUAUUUUUAUAACUGUCUGUCAUAAUUUUGGUCUGUCUGUCUGUCUGUAGUUGGUGUGUCCAUGGAUUUACCUUACAUCUAUUGCCUUCCUUUAAAACAAUCUGCCAUGACUCAUUCACAGGGACUUUCUUAAUAAACUCUUAAUAUAACUCUGCACCCAGAGCAACAAA